CCCGGCGCCUGCCGGCGAGGAUGCUAAGUUUGUGCUGGCUGCUGCUCCCCCUGGUUGUGGGAAUCCAUCCAGAAUGUAAGAUAUUCCACCAGGUGGUCAAAGAGGAGGCUCUCUGCUUAGAAAAGAAUGACUCUGUUUCAUCCGAUCUUAAAGGGUGCUCCACAGAUUGGGAUGGUCUAACCUGCUGGCCUAGAGCCACUUUUGGGGAAGUGGUUAAAGUUCCCUGUCCAAGAAUUUUUGAAGAAAUCACCAAUAUCGAUGGUUUUCUUCAGAGAAACUGUACACAGGAGGCAUAUUGGUCAGAACCAUUCCCAUCAUACACCAUUGCCUGUGGAUUUGAUGAAGGUUCCAGUAAAGGGCCUGAGGAUCUGAAAUCAUAUUAUUCUGCGUUUUGGCGUGUCUACACUGCUGGCUAUGCAGCAUCAGUGACUUCACUCAUUACAGCUCUAAUUGUCUUUGCUGCCUUCAGAAAAUUCCACUGUACACGGAAUUACAUCCAUAUGCACCUGUUUGUCUCCUUUAUCCUGAGAGGAACUGCUGUUUUCAUCAAAGAUGCUGUUUUGUUUGCAGAUGAAACUAUGGACCACUGCCUAAUGUCAACGGUUGCUUGUAAAGUUGCUGUGGCAUUCUUUCAGUUCAGUGUUUUAGCUAAUUUCUUCUGGCUUCUUAUAGAAGGGAUAUACUUGCAAACACUGCUUUUGCUGACCUUUGUUUCGGACAGGCAGUAUGUAUGGUGGUUCAUAUUUACCGGCUGGGGAGGCCCCACUGCUGUGAUGUUUGCUUGGGUCCUCACAAGAAUCCAUCGACAAAAUACUGGAUGUUGGGAUGAUGAUGAAAAUGGAGUGCUGUUAUGGAUCAUCAAAGGCCCCAUUCUGCUAACUGUAUUAAUUAACUUUGUUAUAUUUAUUAAUGUGAUCAGAAUUCUAGUCCAUAAAUUGAAAUCUCAAGAGGGAGGAGGGAGCCAUUCAAGUAACUUUGUGAGACUUGCUAAAUCCACAUUACUCUUAAUCCCCCUCUUUGGAGUACACUACAUUGUAUUUGCAUUUUUCCCAGAAAGCACUGGUCUGGAAGCUCGACUUUAUAUUGAGCUGGGCUUGGGUUCUUUUCAGGGUUUUGUUGUUGCUCUUCUAUAUUGCUUCUCAAAUGCAGAGGUUCAAAGUGAACUGAAAAAACAAAUGUGCAAAUGGCAGUAUCAAGAAUACCUGAACUUCAUACACAAACAGAGGAUUUUGUCCAGAGAAAACAGUCCAGUCAACUAUGUCACUCAGUUAUCACUGCUUGAAAAAAUCAGUCCAAAAAGGAAAACCUCUAUCUACCUGAACAGUGUAACUUCUGUCUGAGCUUUUCUAGCAGGAAAAGUUGCUGUGACAUUGUAACAUACUACCUAAGAGGUGGCCAGUUUGGAUUGUUUAUGCCUUUCCAUCGUGUCAAGAGCCUUCUGUGAGUUUCUUGUCCUUGUCCUUGUGAGCUGCUUUUCUCACUGGUUCAGUUCAGUGUCACAACCCUGGUUCUCUCUCUCCUUAAGCAUACAAAAUCCAUAUGUUCUGUUGUGAAAUGACAGACCUUGAGCUAGGUGAAUGAACAGGUUAACACCCAAAAAGAAGGACUACAUUGACUCCUCCCAGGCCCAGCAUGUUUGUCAUGACUUUGUUAGUGUUUCCAGAAAUUUCCUGUUACAAGAAUGCUAUUCCUAAUCUUCAUUUGAAACAGUUAUGUGGUGGCAAAAGUUUGACAUACUGAUUAGUGAAGUUUUACUUGUUGUUUUGAGACUAGCUUAAUGAGACAAAUUUGAGCCAACUUAAUGGAAGUUACAUGCAGAAACUUGCUAAGCACCUACAUAUGGAGCAGCGACCUCCUUUGAAAGGAAUCUCAAGGUGUCUCAAGAGUGACACAAAAAAAGAAUGAGUUACAUUAUCUGCUUGGGUUUUUUCUUUCAUGCCUGUUGAACAUAGAGAUUAAAUUAGGCCAGAGGACCCCAAACCCUUUAUUUUCCAUGGUAAAACAUGGACUAGCUGAACGUUAGGCAGAUUAUGUGUGCAUGAAGGAAGAACACAGAGUAAACCCAAUGCAGUACAUCAGCUGGGGUACUUUGGACUCAGAAUAAUUUGCAGACCUAGUCUUAGUUCCCAGAUGCUGGUGCUUGUGUAGCUGGAACAGAUGUCCUGUCACCACAGCCUUGAAGAUUGGCUGGUUCCAUCAAUGAAAUGCACAAUUAAACUGUGCUUUUGUGAUUUUUUUGGGAUCUCCUUUUGAAAAUUAAUCUGAUAUGAUUGCUGUGAUUAUCUGAGUCCUGCCCAUCAUUUUUCAGCUCAUUAUCACUCCACUCAAUGAUCUUUCUGGGGUCAGAAUUAUCCAUACAGCAGUAUGGUCUAGUGAAAAAAAGUAUGGUCUCGUAAAACAGAGCAAGCCAAUGUUACGCUUACAUCAUUUCUUUGGGUAGCCUUCCUCUUUCUUCAGGACUGAAUUGGACUCUACCUCAAACUCUCCAAAAGUAAAUAAAGGGCACACGUUACACUAGACACUGUUAUAGUUCCUUUCAAGAUAGGACGAUUCCCAGGAGAACCUGCAUUCAUACUUGAAAGCACUGCUAGAGACUGUGGCCAUUCAAGUACACAUAAGCUUUCUGUGAACUGCAAUAUCAGUUUCGCUUUAAAAAGUAGUGCUCCAGUCCCUCAUUUUGCUCUACUCUUGGUUAAUUAGGCCAGGGGACAUUUGACUUAUGGAAACCUCUUUGUUGAUUUUGUUGAUUUUAGGUACUUCAUCUCUAGUUCCACUAUUAGAGCAGAGAUGAAUUGCCAGAUUUCUAUAAAUAUGAGACAGAUCAGUCCUUUAUUAAAUAGGUAUUUAACACAUCUCUU